CUAUGAGUUGCUUUUCUCAUGCAAGUUACUUACAUCCUUUCAAGUCAAACGAUUACUUCUUGCAUAUACCACCCAUACACAAAAACCCUAUUAGUAUCUCUAUAUAAAUCUUUGAGCAUCUCAAAGAAGAAUCUCACUUAUUCUUAAACCUCUCCUCUUAUCUCUAACUCUUAUCUAUUCCACUCUUGUCGAAAAUGAGAGGUGGAAAGAAGAAAGUUGUCUCUAAAACCGCUUCUUCUGUUGCUAUUGUCGAAGCAAAAACUCACGACAACAAUGUUGUUACCAUUGAAGCACCGAUUGUAUCUUCUUACAAUGAUCGGAUCAGGCCGUUGCUUGACACUGUGGACAGGUUGAGGAACCUGAAUGUGAUGAGAGAAGGGAUCCAGCUUCCCACCAUUGUUGUCGUUGGAGACCAAUCCUCGGGGAAGUCGAGUGUUCUUGAGUCCUUGGCAGGAAUCAGUUUGCCUCGUGGGCAAGGAAUAUGCACUAGGGUUCCUCUUGUGAUGAGACUCCAGAGAAGUUCUAGCCCUGAACCUGAGAUCUGGCUGGAGUAUAGCGACAAAGUUGUUCCUACGGACGAGGAACACAUAGCUGAAGCUAUUAGCACUGCAACUGAUGUGAUCGCUGGAUCUGGUAAAGGGGUCUCAGACACUCCCUUGACCCUUCAUGUCAAGAAAGCUGGUGUUCCCGAUCUUACCAUGGUCGAUCUUCCCGGGAUAACUCGAGUUCCAGUGAAUGGACAGCCGGAAAACAUCUAUGAGCAGAUUUCAGGGAUGAUUAUGAAGUACAUUAAGCCACAAGAGUCCAUCAUCCUGAAUGUUCUGUCAGCCACAGUCGACUUCACCACCUGCGAAUCAAUUCGAAUGUCCAGACAAGUUGACAAAACCGGUAAACGGACUCUGGCUGUUGUCACAAAGGCAGACAUGGCUCCCGAAGGUCUACUGCAGAAAGUCACUGCAGACGAUGUAAGUAUUGGACUUGGUUAUGUCUGUGUCAGAAACCGCAUAGGAGAAGAGACAUAUGAAGAAGCUAGGAAGCAAGAAGAGUUGCUUUUCAAGACUCAUCCACUUCUUUCCAUGAUCGAUGAUGAGAUAGUGGGAAUCCCUGUGUUAGCUCAGAAGCUAAUGUUUAUCCAAGCAACGAUGAUUUCCCGCUGUUUGCCUGAGAUUGUCCGCAAGAUCGAUGAGAAGAUGGAAACUGCUGUCCUCGAGUUGAACAAACUGCCAAUUGUAAUGGCUUCUACAAAGGAAGCAUUGAUGGCAUUGAUGGACAUCAUUGGUUCUGCAAAGGAAUCUCUUUUACGAAUCCUUGUCCAAGGAGAUUUCUCAGAGUUUCCAGAUGAUCACAACAUGCACUGCACUGCUCGUUUGGCUGAUAUGUUGAGCCAAUUCUCAGAUGAUCUACAAGCAAAGCCACAAGAAGAUGUGACUGAGUUCUUGAAGGAUGAGAUCAAGGUUCUGGAGGAAUGCAAAUGUAUUGGAUUGCCCAAUUUCAUCCCGAGAUCAGCAUUCUUGACUAUUCUUUCACAACAUGUGGAUGACAUACAUGUCAAACCAGUAGAGUUCAUCAAGAAGAUAAUGGACUACAUAGAAGUUGUUCUCUCAUCAGUAAUCACAAUACAUUCAGAAAACUUCCCACAGAUCCAAUCUCCAAUCAAACGAGCCGGUCGAAACCUCAUCUGCAAGAUUAAGGAACAAUCCGUGAAUCGGGUCGCUCAGAUCGUUGAGAUGGAGAAGCUUACUGAUUACACAUGUAACCCAGAGUACAUGACGUCUUGGACGGAGAAGACAGGUGCACAACAAAGCUUCAUCGAUACUGUUUUGAACGAUUCGAGAAAACCUGAGAACUUCUCUUUAGCUGGAUUCGGGAAUGUGAAGAUUUCGCAUCUGCGAAAGUACCACGCUCAUUUGCUGCAUCAGGCGUUCGACAUGAAGAUGAGGAUCACAUCCUAUUGGAAGAUCGUCCUGAGAAGGAUCGUGGACAACUUGGCGCUGUAUCUUCAGAUAUCUGUGAAGUAUCUCGUGAAUAGUCAGUUUCAGAAAGAGAUUGUGGCGGAAAUGGUGGAUCCGAGAGCUGGCGGAGGAGUUGAGAAGAUGCUCGAGGAGUCUCCAUCGAUGGCGAGCAAGAGAGAGAAGCUGAAGAACAGUAUCAAGCUUCUGAAGGAGUCGAAGGAAGCUGUGGCCGCCAUUGUUGAUCAGAGUUCUGGGUUUGGAGAUCAUUGAAGUCGGGUCGUAUCCGUGUCGGGUCAGAUUCUCCGGUGAACUUCCAUUUUACAGUUGGGCUUGGGCCUUUUGUGUUUUCUUUUUGAAUUUUCUCUAAUGUUUUUUUUUUAUCCUUUUUUAAGAAAAAUCUGCGUGCUGAGUGCUGACGCUAAAGCUAUGGACGAUGAAUUUUAUGUUUUUUACU